AGGAAGGGAAGGGAAGGGACAGCGCGGUGGCAUGGGACAGCGCGGUGUGGCAGGGAUGCGGGCAUCGGUGGGGCCGCGCAGUGCCGCCACAGGAGGGUGCAGUGCCACAGCGGGUGCCGGCAGCGCUGGGGAGGAGGGUUAACCGCCCCUGUGGCCGUGGCAGGCAAGCCAGGCAGGAUCCUCCCGAGCCGCUUUCUCCCCCUGCCCAGACCCACGGCGAAAUGGCCACUGUCCCCCUCGGCUUCAACAUCGAUGCCCCGCGCUGGGACCAGAGCACCUUUGUGGGGCGCCUGAAGCAUUUCCUCAACAUCACCGACCCGCGGACGGUGCUGGUGCCGGAGGAGGAACUGGACCGGGCCAAGGCCCUGGUGGAAGGCUGCAGGGCCGGGCUGGUGCCGCCGGGAAGCAGCCAGGAGCAGCUGCUCUAUGCCAAGAAGCUGUACGACUCAGCCUUCCACCCUGACAGCGGCGAGAAGAUGAACCUCAUCGGGAGGAUGUCCUUCCAGGUGCCGGGGGGCAUGGCCCUCACCGGCUGCAUGCUCCAGUUCUACCGGACAGUGCCUGCCGUGGUUUUCUGGCAGUGGAUGAACCAGUCCUUCAAUGCCAUCGUCAACUACACCAACCGCAAUGCCGCCUCUCCCAUCUCACUGAGGCAAAUCGGCGUGGCUUAUGUCACAGCCACCAGUACAGCCCUGGCCACUGCGGUGGGACUCAACCUCUACACCAAGCGAGCACCCCCCUUGCUGGCCCGUUGGGUCCCCUUCGCAGCUGUGGCUGCUGCCAACUGUGUCAAUAUCCCCAUGAUGCGGCAACAGGAGAUCAUCAAUGGGGUGACAGUGACGGAUGGGGACAACAAUGAGCUCGGCUGCUCCAGGAGGGCAGCAGUGAAGGGCAUCGCGCAGGUUGUGGUCUCCAGGAUCACCAUGGCGGCACCGGGCAUGAUUAUUUUGCCCAUCAUCAUGGAGCGACUGGAGAAACUCCCCUUCAUGCAGCGGAUCCGGGUUCUCCAUGGGCCUCUGCAGGUGCUGCUGUGCGGAGGCUUCCUCCUGUUCAUGGUGCCGGCAGCCUGCGCCCUGUUCCCACAGAGAUGCUCCCUUGCGCUGACUGACCUCGAGCCGGAGCUGCGUGACAGCAUCGUGGCCAAGCAUGGGGACAAAGUGCCGUACGUCUAUUUUAACAAGGGACUGUGAACAGAAACUACCUCAGGAGCCAUCACACCCCUCCGUCCCCCUACUGCCACCACCUCGCAUCCCCUGAGCAGGGCUCAGAGGCAUGGUCCAGCCAGAUCUGUCCCCCAGACCAGCACUGUCUCUGCUGCCUCCUUUCCCCCCGAGAGGCAGGAUCUGGCUCUGCACACCCAGCUUGCAGCACCUGGGCUUGUCCUGAGCUUCCCCCCAUCUGCUGCUGGCCGUGUCGCUGCCUGACCACGUCUCUCUUGCCCUGGACGAUGGCUGCACUUCCCAUGCCUUCCUCCUGGCCUGUGCAGGAGGAUCUGCCCGGCCUGUCUGAGCCUCGUGCGGUCACUGGGCACGGCCCUGUGAGGCAUCAGGCUCUGUCCCUCCGGGCUCUGAGCACAGUCCUACCUCUGAAGGCAGGCACCCUGCCAUCGUACCAGGAACCAAAUCACGUUGCUGCCUUAAACGACCACAGUGGCCUCUUACCAAGAGCUGGAUCCCGCCUUGGCAGGUGGGAAGGGACCAAUGCUUGGACCAUGCCUUCCUUGCUCUCAGGAUCAGGUUUUAUUCACCUUGUGAUUGCCACAAUCCAGGAGAGAAAUAGCCAAUUGUUUUUAAGCUCUAAUUUUUGCAAUCUAGCCAUUCCUCUGAGCACGAGAGCCAGCCAUCACCCUUGUCCUGCGUCUCACUUCCCAUGGUAGGACUGAGGACCUGCAGCCUUGGGGGACUGUUGACUCUGGGCCCCCUUGGACAAGUGGGAAGGAGACAGGAAUCACAAAGCUGUCAGGGCAUGAACUCAGGCUCUGAACAGCAACACUGCAAAUGGCAGAGAGGAGGGUUGCAAAAUAAA